UGAUGGAGACCCUCGAGACCAGCUGACACGAAGUCCAAAUGACGCGUCGGAUGUCGCGGCUCUCGCGACGUGUCUCCACGAUGUGCUGGACGGGGACGAUGAACGGGUGGAUGCUGUGCGUCGUCAAUUCGAAGAAGUUCUCGGCGUCUACUCCGUUGGUGAAGCAUGGGAACUGUUCCGAGAGGAUUUCCAGCUCUCCCCGCUUCGCGCCGCCAUGGCACUGAGAGGGAAUGUACCGGGCCUUACCGUCUCGGACGCGAAAUCCCUCUUGUUCAAGAUCAAAACGGCAUCGGAGGGGGCCGUGGAGGAUCAGGGACACAGGGACGCGGAGACUGGCGAGUUCAAAACAAACUGGUCAGAGCUCGGCGGUGUAGACCCAUAUGCCUGCUGCAUCAGCGGCGGCAUCAGGGGGUGGUUCAUCGGUGCUAAGACUGGCAACAUCGAGAAUAUAAUCAACCACGUCAAAACACGCCAGCACAUGAUGGCGUGCAAGCAAGAGACACAGCGGCUCACCCAACAUGGUGGCCUUGUCGCGCGGCCCAUGCCACCACCUGGAGUGCGAGACGUCAGCUGUGCCUGGCCACCUGGCAUGCGCAUGCAUCUAUAUGGCAUGUCAGACGAGGCGGCGGAGGAGGAGUAUCAGCGCCUCUACAGCCAGUUUCAGCACAGGCGCACACGUCGGCGAGAGCAGCAGCCCAAUGCCUUAGACAGUGGGCGCCGUGUCUCACCGCGCACUUCACCCAGUCCUGCACCUGGAGCGCGCACCGUUGGUCCCAACAUGGAUCCGGAGGCACAGCGCAUCGUCAGCCCCGACGUGGCGACAUGGAUGUCAGCGAUAGCGAGUCUGGUGGGGGAGUCCAUAUGGUUCGAAGCGGAGGGGAUCGACAAGAUUGUUGACCCCAGCAGCGUCCGCGUGGUGACGGGUGGCGGUGUCUCCAGCGAGGGGGUCCAGAGAGACCUGCUGCCCAUCAUUGAAGGCAGUGUGGUGCCCACCAAGCACGGCAACAUGUCCACUGAACACGUGCUGUUCAUCUGCUCGGGAGCCUUCCACACAGCCAAGCCGUCUGACAUGCUGGCGGAGGAGCUGCAGGGUCGCCUUCCCAUCCGAGUGGAGCUCAAGGGCCUUACUGCCGAGGACUUUUAUCGCAUCCUCACGGAACCGCAAAACAAUAUGUUGCGUCAGCAGCAGACAUUACCUCGUUCAAGAACUUGUAUAGCCAGCAUUCUUGUCGUACAAGCUGAUGCCUUAGAGUGCUGCGCCCCGGGCUUGGUGCAGCAGCGUCCGCUAACGGUGGCUUCUGCAACAAAGGAACAGCAGUUCCGACACUGUUGGCUUCCGUCCAGGGCGAUCCGCAGCGGAGCGGCUGCUGUAUUCAAAGCAGGGGCCGUUCGCCUUAAAGCAUCAGCAAUCCCAAUUUCUUGUAAAGGCGUAUCCACUCACCUUACGCCGCGCAAAUUCAAGCUUCGGCACAUAACCGCUGCUUGGCUGACCAUGCCUUUCGGCCGCGAUAGCAGCAGUGCAGCGGUUUGUGCUGCUUCAGAUAUUGGAGGCUCUGCUUCAGGGGAGCGCAUCCCUGACGAGUGCCAGGAGCAAAAUGGGGACGUCAGCUCUGAGCGGCUACCUGCAGCAGAUGGCUCACGAGAGCAGCCCGAAGAGGGCGGCGACCUCAGUCGCAUCCGCCGCUGCCGCGGCACCCGAGGCGAGCACGGAACAACCGCCGCAGCACAUGCCGCGAUGCCGUCAGAUGAAGAGGUAGCCGCGAUGCUAGAUGCGGAUGCGGUAGAGGACCUCGACGCCCUGGCCGAGGAAGAGGCGGCGGAGGCGGCCCUGAUGGCGGGGUCCGGCCCCCAGGAGGCGGCGUGGGAAGGCCGCUCCCAGACAACGACCUGGCGCCGGGAGGCGCUGCCACAGGCGAGUACCCUAUCACUGUCCAAACGAGGAGGCUUGCGUAGGAUUGUUAUUGUUGUGGGGCCAGCGGCUAAUGGACUCAAUAGCGAAGACAACAAGGAUGCUGAGGAGGAUGCCGAGGUUUAUCUCCAGUUGUUCGGCGCGGCACCCGCCAUACACCUGCCCCCGCGCUUCGCUGCCAUCAAACCGGGCCCAGGAGGGGGAGCUGGAGCUGGUGGACGAGGGGGCCUGGUGGUAAGGCUGGAGGCGGGCGUGGCUGGCGCUGCGGCCGCGGCUGGAGGAGGUGGUGGGCAGCCGGAGGGCGGUGCUGCGGGCCCCACACCAUCAGCAGGGGCAGCAGCGACGGCAGUGGCUCAGCAGCAGCAGCAGGCUGAGGCCCCUGCUCCCGACGAGGAUGAUAACUUCGAAGUCACACUCGAAGAACUCGACACGGCAGCCAUGGCGGCCCAACAACAGCAACAAGCUGGAGGAGGAGGAGGAGGGGGGGGAGCAGGUGGUGGCGGCGCCACUGCAGGUACAGCCGCCGGCGCCAGUCGCCAAGGCAGCGGCGGCGGCCCCCUCCUACCGGGUCUAGGCCUGGGGGGGCCGGCGGGGUCGGCGCAUGCGGCGGCCUCAGCGCUGCUGGACGCCCUGGGAGCGCCCCUGGCUGGUGCGGAUAGUGGUGAUGCUGGGACGAAGGCUGGCAUGACACUGCCUUGGCCUCCGGGAGGAGGUGGAGGUGGUCCUGGAGCUUCGGGUCUCAACUUUCGGUACAACAUCGAGGAGGCCGCCUGGCCCACUGAGGCUCGACCGGAUCAGGCCAUCAAGCUGCCCAAGCAAACCAGGGUGACGCCCGAGAUUGAAGAACAGCAGCGCCCUCUCGAGGGGUGUCCAGCAGGGGUGUCCCCUGGGUGGCUGGGGCCCAGCUUGGGGGGUUUCGGCGAUGUCCCCAACCCCUUCCUCGAGUACCGAGCCUUCCUGUCCCUGGGACAUGGCGAGAUCUACGAACUGGACUUGGACAGGAUCAUCCCACACGAGGCCUCCUGGCGCAACCCCUCCGCCAACCCUGCCGACUACUUCAACUACGACAUGAACGAAACCUCCUGGCGACAGUACUGCGCAAGAGUGCGGACUUUCAGAGACACCUUCACGCUGCGGAACAAGAUCACCGCCCUGGACCCGGUCGCCAUUGCGGCGGCGGCGGCGGCGGCUGCAGCCUCUGCCUCCGCCGCCAACACUGCCGUCGGCGGGGUUGGGGUUGGGAUUGGCGGGAGUCGCGGAGUGAGCGAGUACAUUGAUCCGUUCUUACCGCCGGAGGUUAUUUCGGCGUUGCGGAAUUUGGCGGCUCGCACUCGUAAGAGCCAGCCUGCUCUGCGCUUCCACUUCUGCCCUCAUUGGCGAUGCUGCUGUUCCUCCCCGCGCUUCUCCUCUUGUAUAUAUUUGUGCACGCCUCGCUGGGAGGAGGACGGGAACAACGCAGCAGAUGGCGGCGGCGUGUUGUCGGACGGCGGCGGCGGUCUGCCGGACGGCGACGCGGAUGGAGCACUCGGGGAAUCGGGAUGGGACGGCAACGAGGGCGGGUACGGCCUGGCACCCGGCAAGGGCGGUCGAGAGCUUCACCGCCGUCGUACGGCGCCGCGUUUAGAUCCGGACGUCAUCAUCACACUGGUACAGGCGAACGACCUAGCAGCCGCCGCCGCAGCGGAGGCGGAAGAGGGCGGCGGCGACGGCGCGGAGGCCGCCGCGGCAGGCGAGCAGCCGCAGGUAAAGGCGGAGGUGAAGGUGGAGGUGAAGUCGGAAGCAGAGGCGGAGGCGGUCCAGGACGACAACAACAAGGACGGCGGAGGCGCCGUCCCAGCUGACAGCGGCAAGGGCACGAUAGCUGAUACGACGGGCGAGGGAGGAGGGGACGGUACGAGGAAGGAAGCUGCCGGCGGUGCGGCCGCCGGUCAGCGGCGGCCUCGGGCCCUGCACCCGCCCGUCAAUGCCGACUACGACUCCGCGGCCCCUGCGCAUCAUGCGGCGGAGCUGGAGGCGCAACACAUGCCGGGGCCGCCCCUGAAACGGUCUAGGAGCCCGCCUGUGGAUGCUCGAUCUCACGGUCGCUGGCCGGGCGGUGUCAGUGGUCCUCAAGUCUGGGAGGGCGCGGAGGAGGUGGGAGGCGGCGGCAUGGGGCGGUGGGAACGGGACAUGCGGGGAGAUCGUGGCCGCCACGAUAGAGACCGACGCCCCGGUCCUGGUGACAUGCUACCUCCCGUCUUGCCGCAUGGCCAGCAGCAGCAGCUGAUGCCGCCCAUUGGGCGUAUGAGCGGGCCGCCGCUGCCAGGUAUGGGCCCCGGCGGAGGGCCCCAUAUGCCCCCCAUAGACUUGAUGGGACCCAUGGGCCACCACCAUUUGGACAUUGACGGGGACUUUUACCUUGACGGCGGCAGCGGCGGUGACGGUGACGGCGAUGAUGAGGACGGUGGCGGCGGAGCCGCCGCCGCCGUGUCCGAGGGCAGGCGGAGCAUUGACGCCGGCGGCGACAGCGGCGGCGGCACAGGUGACGACAUGAUGUCGGGGAUGAAUGGCCGCGGCGGCGGCGGGCCGCCGCCACCUCUACCGGGUAUCAUGAAGGACGAGCCGGCGCUGGCCAUGCCGCCGAUUGGGCCGGGAGUUCAGAUGCCCGGCCCCGUUGCAGACGCCGGUGGUGGCGGUGGCGGUGGCGGGAGCUUUGGCGCCUUUGGAGCCGGGUCUCGCGGGCGAGGGGAACCCGGCGGCGGCGCAGCGCCCCAUCUUGGCGAGCCUCAGGACACCGUCACAGAGCCCGCCGUGGAGAGGAAAGGGUGGGGCACGACUACUACUGAUGAGGCGACGGCGUUUGGGGACUUUGGCAGCGUUGGAGAUUACUACAUGGAUGACGGAUACGGCAAUGAGGACGACGAUGAGGAGGAGGACAACAUCGCAGCGGCACGCGAUCAGCAGCAGCAGCAGCAGCAAGUGCGUCCUGGCGGGGACCAUCAGCCGGCAGCGCCGGGGCAAUUCGGUCUCGGCGAUAUCACCGCCACCAACAGCUACGACAACAACGACAAUGACGCCGCUGAGAUGCCACGUGGCGCGUCGCAUCCGGAUUCUCUUGAGCACCAUGACGACAGGGGACGCGGUGCAGUGCACGAGUAUGACGGCGCCGUCAAGCAGGAGACUGUCGGGUCAUCAGGUAACAUUGCGCAAUCGGCGGCAGCGGCGAGUGGUGCAACGCCAGGGCCUGCUGCUACGCGGGGAGGAACGCAGGACGACGAUUACGGCGGAGGCAGCGGGGCCGGCGGGGACACGUUUUUCAGCGACAGCGGCGCUGGGCCAGGGGCUGGCGGCGGGCUUAGUGUGAUGGAUUUACUAAACCCCAUGGCGGCGAUUGCGGGCAUGGGACCCAUGGGCGCCCUUGGACCCAUGGGUCCCAUGGGAGCGCUGGGCCCUAUGCAUGGCCUUGGGAUGCCGGGCCUGAUGCCGGGGGCCAUGCCGCCGCUCGUUCCAGGCGGUGUGAUGCCCAUGGGUAUGGGAAUGGGAAUGGUGUCAGGCACGGCACCGGCGGCAGCGCCGGCGUUGGAAGGGCGAGGGUCAGGUGCAGGAGCUGGCAGCAGCCACCGUGGGGCGAGGGAGGGAGGACGGAGUGACAGGUAUGGUUGCCGGGAGGAAUGGCCCCGCUGUGCUUCCGCAUGA